UGGAUCUUUAACCAACACAGAGUUUGAACGGGUCUGCCCCAAUGCCAAGUUGCCAACGUCACCGUAUCGCUCAUUGAGCAGUUUUCAUUCCUAAGAGCUGUCAUAUAUUGCUCUUCUUACGAGUUUCUUUGUAGCUUUUUAUACCGAAUCUACCACAUAAAUAACCCUUAGCGAUGGGUGGUCUACUCAGCUACUUCCGCAGCUUAAUCGGUAGCCGGGAAAUGAGAAUCUUAAUCCUUGGACUUGAUGGUGCUGGAAAAACAACCAUUCUGUACAGAUUACAAGUCGGGGAAGUUGUGACUACAAUCCCUACAAUUGGUUUCAAUGUUGAGCAAGUCACAUACAAAAAUCUAAAAUUUCAAGUCUGGGAUCUUGGUGGUCAAACAAGUAUCAGACCCUACUGGAGGUGUUAUUACUCCAAUACUGACGCCAUUAUUUAUGUUGUUGACUCCGUUGAUAAGGACAGAAUAGGAAUAUCUAAACAAGAACUUGUUUCAAUGUUGGAGGAAGAGGAGCUGAAAGGAGCCAUUCUAGCAGUUCUGGCUAAUAAACAAGAUAUGGAAGGUGCUAUGAGUGUUGCAGAAGUACAUCAAGCCUUAGGUUUGGACUUGCUCAGGAACAGGACAUUUCAGAUAUUCAAAACAUCUGCUAUCAAAGGAGAAGGAUUGGACCAAGCAAUGGAUUGGCUAUCUAAUGCACUCCAGAGCCGUAAAUAACGCUGCUUACUCUGUUGAUCAUGUACAUGUCUUGGUUCUCUGAUUUCUAUUAGUUGUUACAUUUUAAACCAUUGUUGGCACCCUCACAAUUAAGAGGGUGACGAGCCCCAAAUUCGCGAGCAUGUUGUGUGCUAAAUUACAUUUUCAGAGAUGAUUGCAUCCUUAUUGUUCAUCGUGAAGUGUGAGAGUCAGUGUGUUCUCAUUUUCCAUUUCUACCCAUCCUCUGCCAGCUAAAAUAGAUUCAGUUCAGAGGGUAA